AGGCACACCAGUGUGCAGGAAAGUCGAUCAGAGCGUAUGCUGGAUGAUACUGUAUCUGGAAAACCGUGAUGAUGGUCUGCACUGCCAUUGCGGUGGCUGCGGACGAAUGGACGACGUGCCUGGCUGCGACUCUGGCAUCACGAACUCUCAGUCUAAGAACAUCCCACGCGUGCCCCACCGAGGGGUCUAGCUGGCGGGGUAAUGCCAUUGAGCAUCCCCAAAGAACUCCAUCGAAGAUCAGGCGCAGCCAGUCACGGCUCCAGGUCCUCCUCCUUUUACUCGAUGGAAGUGUCGCGACCCCCACCGGAGGACCUUGCCCGUCUCGAAGCGCUCCUAUUUCUACGCGCUCGCCCUCCUCGUCCUCAUCUUUUCUUCCUCAACUUCAUUCUAUCUCCUCAUUUUGACCUGCACGUCUCACAAUGUCUCUCGGCAAGAAGGUUACCCUCAACUCCGGUGCUCAGAUCCCCCAGCUGGGAUUCGGUACCUGGCAGUCUGCCCCCGGUCAGGUCGGCGAUGCCGUCUACGAGGCCCUGAAGGCCGGAUACCGUCACUUGGAUUUGGCUACUAUCUACCAGAACCAGCGCGAGGUUGCUGAGGGUAUCAAGAGGGCCUACAAGGAUGUUCCUGGCCUCAAGCGUGAGGACCUUUUCAUCACCUCCAAGCUGUGGAACUCGCAGCACGACCCCGCCGUUGUCGAGCAGUCCCUGGAUGAGUGCCUUGCUGAGCUCGAGCUCGACUACCUCGAUCUCUACCUGGUCCACUGGCCUGUUGCUUUUACCACCGGCUCCAACUACUUCCCUCUCGUUGAGAACAGCUCUGUCGAGGGUGGUGAUGUCCAGAUCAACGACAACGUCUCGAUCGUCGACACCUGGAGGGCCAUGACCAAGCUCCCCAAGAGCAAGGCCCGCACCGUUGGUGUCUCCAACCACAUGGUUCACCACCUUGAGGCCAUCAUCAAGGCCACCGGCGUUGUGCCCGCCGUCAACCAGAUUGAGCGCCACCCGGUGCUGCAGAGCAACGAGCUCAUCGAGUACUGCGGAAAGCUCGGCAUCCACAUCACUGCCUACUCUGCUUUCGGUAACAACGGCUUCGGCGUUCCCCUGCUGAUCAACCGCCCCGAGGUUCAGGAGGUGGCCGAAUCUGCCUCCAAGAGACUCGGCAGCACUGUCAGCCCCGCCCAAGUCAUCCUGGCCUGGUCCCAGGUCGGCGGCCACAGCGUCAUCCCCAAGUCGGUGACGGCAUCUCGUAUCCAGGCCAACUUCCAGGAGAUUGAGCUUACGCCCGAGGAGGUUGCCAAGGUGUCGGAGCUGGGCAAGGACCGCAGACGCUACAACACUCCUUACAUUGCCAACGUGCCUCGGUGGGAUAUCAACAUCUUUGGUGAGGAGGAGGAGAAGCCUGCUGGACACCAGGUUGUUGUUUAGUGCUGGUCACUAUUGUUGAUAGACAAAUGAAUUAGCUUAUUUGUAUGC